AUGGAGGCUGCCAUCCUUGCAACUUCACAGAAUUACCCAAUUGUGCCCCUUGGUGGAGGUCAAGCGUACACCUAUGGAACGGCCGGUUUCCGAAUGAAGGCCGAACUUCUCGCGCCCAUUUGUUUCCGGGUCGGUCUGUUAGCAUUCCUCCGUAGUGCGUUCAUGAAUUCUCAGACAAUCGGAGUCAUGGUGACAGCCAGUCACAACCCUGCUCCCGACAACGGUGUCAAGAUUGUCGACCCCAUGGGCGAGAUGCUCGAGCAGGACUGGGAGAAGUACGCCACUGCCCUUGUCAACGCAGCCACUGAUCAAGAGUUGGUCAAGAUCUUCAACCGGAUCGCGUCUGAGCUCAAGAUCAAUUUGAAGCUGCCUACCAAGGUCAUCUGUGGCCGCGAUACCCGACCUUCUGGCCCGAAACUGGUCGCGGCGCUGACGGACGCUCUGGCCGCCACCAACACGGAGUUUAUUAACUACGGAUGGUUGACGACCCCGCAACUGCACUAUCUCGUCCGCGCUACCAACACUGAGGGCAACCCGCUCUCGUACGGCAAAGUUUCAGAGGAUGGAUACUACGAGAAGCUUGCCGAUGCGUUCAUCCGCGCUAUGAAUGGCAGAAAGAUCAACGGCACCCUAACAGUCGACUGCGCCAACGGUAUUGGUGCUCCAAAGUUGAUCAAAUUUCUCAAGUCCCUCCCUCAAGACAAGGUGAACUUUAUUGUCAAAGUCGUCAAUGACAACGUCGUCAAGCCAGAUGUUCUCAAUCUCAAUUGUGGUGCUGACUUCGUGAAGACGAAGCAGAGAGCCCCCCUUUCCCCUGAGCCAGUGCCGAGUGGCAGAUCCUGCUCCUUUGACGGAGAUGCAGACCGGCUCAUUUACUACUGGACCGACGCUGAGAAACGGUUCAGCAUGCUAGAUGGAGACCGCAUCUCCUCCCUUGCCGCCCUUUUUCUUGGCAACCUUGUUGAGGGCGCCGGCCUCAAAGAUGAACUCCGCAUUGGAGUUGUCCAAACUGCCUAUGCCAAUGGGGCCAGUACGGCGUACAUUUCGCAGCAUCUAAAGCUGCCUGUUAUCUGCACCCCGACGGGCGUCAAGCAUUUACAUCACGUCGCCCAAAACUUCGAUAUUGGAAUCUAUUUCGAGGCGAACGGACACGGUACCGUCCUAUUUUCGCCUGAUGCCCUCAGCGCUUUGAAGACAACGGCACCGCAGUCGCCAGCUCAAAAGGAUUGUCUCGAUAUCUUGCUGGCUCUGAGCGAUCUGAUUAACCAGACGGUGGGUGACGCAAUCUCGGACAUGUUGUUAGUCGAGGUCAUCCUGGCUCACAAGGGCUGGACACUGAGCGACUGGGCCAUGACAUACAUGGACCUGCCCAACCGCCUUGUACGCAUCGAAGUCGGCGACAAGGACUUAUUCAAGACGACAGAUGCGGAGCGCCGCCUGUCGCGCCCCCAGGGCGCGCAGGAUGAAAUCGACAACGAGGUGAAGAAGUUCAAGAAUGCACGCUCGUUCGCUCGCGCCAGCGGUACCGAGAACGCUUGCCGCGUCUACGCCGAGGCUGCUACGUGGUCCGAGGCCAACGAACUUGCCGAACGCGUUGCACGCAUCAUUGAGCGAUACGGAAACCAGUAG